AUGGUUUUGGGACUGUCAAUGGGUGUGUUUUUGAACCCGUUGCGAGUCGCUGUGCCGGCUGCGAUAAAGCCGGCGGGUUUGUUUCGAGGAGGUUUAGUCGCUAGUCGGGGGGUUUGCUGGAAAUCGGGUUCUCAUGUUAAUGGUCCAGGACGUCGUACCAGCGGAGUCAGCAGCCAAUUGAAAUUUGGAAGUGGUUUGAUUAGGGGAGGUGCCUCGCCAAGACCUAUGGCUUUAAAAUAUACUGGUUUGGUGAACCAAUUGCAGACUGGUGGUUUAAUUGGUGGUUUGACUGGUAGUUUGACUGGUGGUUUGACUGGUGGGUUGGCUGGUGGGAUGUCAGUAAGAGCGUUUUCGUCGACAUCGCACAAACGUAACCCGCGAAUCAGUAAUUUCUUUGGCAAGCACUUUCUGUUGAAGGCGUUUUAUUACACUUCACUUUCGGUUGGAAUCACGAUUUCGGUUGUUUUGACGAUUCUCGGUGCUUUCUUCAUCUACGAUGCUACUACUUACUUCAAAUCAGAGGAUGAUUAUAAAGAGGUCGAGGUGUCGCAAUUGGCUCUCGAACCUGUCCGUGGAGGCCCUAAGAACCUGCCAAUUUGUUAUAGCUACUUGGAUAGUGAAGAAUCACCAGCCAAAGCCAAACUCAAGGGCAAACCUCGUCUUGUUGUUCUUGGCACCGGCUGGGGUUCAGUAGCUCUAUUGAAAGAGAUCGAUCCUGAUCUGUAUGAUAUCACCAUCAUCUCACCCACUAAUUACUUUCUGUUUACUCCUAUGCUCCCAUCAGCCACUGUUGGUACUUUAGAUUUACAAUCUCUGGUAGAACCCAUUCGUCGAAUCUGCAGUCGUGUGCAUGCACAUUUCCUUACUGCCACUGCUGAGGAUGUUGUACCUGAAGAGCGUCUUGUCGAAGUCAAGGCAUAUAAUAGACUGACCAACAGUGACGAGUCGUUUUAUGUGCCCUAUGACAAGCUGGUUAUUGGAGUCGGUUCGACCACCAACACCCACGGCGUAUCUGGUUUAGAGUACUGUGACUUUCUCAAGACAGUUCAAGAUGCUCGUAAUAUGAGAGGUAAGAUUGUUGCCAACCUCGAGCAAGCGUGUUUACCAACAACCUCUGACGAAGAACGUAAACGACUUUUGAGUUUUGUAGUGUGUGGAGGAGGUCCAACUGGUGUGGAGUUGGCUGCUGAGAUCUAUGAUUUACUUAACGAGGACCUUGCUGAGCAGUAUCCCAAGGUGAUUCGAAACGAAGUGUCUGUUCACGUCAUCCAGUCACGAUCACAUAUUCUCAACACCUACGACGAGAACAUCUCUAACUACGCCAUGGAACGAUUCAAAAACGACAACAUCGAUGUGCAAGUCAACUCUCGUGUUGACAAGAUUCUCCCUGAUAAAGUCGUCUUCUACCAGAAGGGCGAGGAUGGCAAGAAGUUAUACCGAGAAUUGCCAUACGGAUUAUGUGUAUGGUCUACAGGAGUUGACCAAGCACCAAUCACCAAACGAGUUGUCAAGUCACUUGGUCCUGAAAACCAGCGUAAUAAACGUGCUAUUGAGACUGAUACCCACUUGCGAGUAUUUGGAACUCCACAAGGAGACGUAUACGCCAUUGGCGACUGUGCCACCAUGCGAACCAAUAUUGUGGAAGAUCUUAAGAAUCUGCUUCGACACCAUGUUCUUCACCAUAGACGAUUCAGUCUUACUGGACCUAACCGAGUAUCUGACGAGGAACUGGCUAAUAUUAGCAUUACAUAUUCCGAACUUGAAGAGCUUGUUGCAGUGAUUAAGAAGAAGUACCCCCAAACCACCGAACAUUUGUGUCGAGUCACUGAUCUGUUCAACGAGUUUGACAUCGACCGGUCUGGAACGCUCAGUCUCGACGAGCUUACGAACCUGGUGCAUGCCGUCGACGAGCGAAUCACCUCACUCCCUGCCACUGCUCAACGAGCCAACCAACAAGGAGCAUAUCUCGGAAGAAAGCUGACAAGACUGGCACGAGCCCAAGAUACUCUCAAACUUAGCGACAUCACCGACGACGACAUCGACGAGGCAGUCUACCGACCGUUCGCAUACAAGCACCUUGGCUCUCUCGCAUAUAUUUCCAACGCUGCCGUCUUCGACUUCAACGGCAAAGGAUACGUUGGUGGGCUCAUUGGCAUGUACCUGUGGCGGGGCGCCUACUUCGCGCAAACCGUAUCCUUCCGGACCCGAGUGCUCAUGGCCAUGGGCUGGGUUAAGCGUGGUCUCUUCGGCCGCGACCUGUCGUCCAUGUUCUCCAACGACACCAGUGCCGCGCCCGAAAAAUAG